AUGGUGCAUGAGGCAACGGCCUACACUAGGGCCCAACAUGUGUCGAUGUUGUUCGAGGCAACCGUGCGCACCAAGGUUCAACAUAUAAUGACGGUGUUUGACUCGUCUGCAAAAGAUUCUACCCGUCGUUCAAUGGGAAUUGAGCUCCAAGGAGGCCCGCGUGGCUCGUCCGCCACAGGGGCUGCACCUACAACACGUGCCCUUAGAGGCCAUGGGCCCCUACUGCGGGAUAAAACUAACCUGUCUGAUGAUGGUCUAAACCCAGCUCACGUUCCCUAUUGGUGGGUGAACAAUCCAACACUUGGUGAAUUCUGCUUCAUAAUGAUAGGAAAAGCCGACAUCGAAGGAUCAAAAAGUAAUGUCGCUAUGAACGCUUGGCUGCCACAAGCCAGUUAUCCCUGUGGAUCGAUAGGCCACGCUUUCAUGAUUUGUAUUCGUACUGAAAAUCAGAAUCAAACGAGUUUUUACCCUUUUGUUACACAUGAGAUUUUUGUUCUUAUUAAGCUCAUCUUAGGACACUUGUGUUAUCUUUUAACAGAUGUGCCGCCCCAACCAAACUCCCCACCUGAAAUGUCUUCUACCCAGAUCGACCAACUGAAGCCGGCCUUAAGUUCAAAAGAAGGGGUCGUGCCCCGCCUCUGAUUCACGGAAUAAGUAAAAUAAUGUUAAAAGUAGUGGUAUUUCAAUUU